GCCAUUUUCAAGAGGAGCAUAAGUGGACAGUGGAUCACUUUCAGUGAGUAUCCAGCAGCUGAGUUGGAGACCGCGAUUGCUCGUUUCAAGGAGUCGGGAUUUGCUUGCACCCUCCCGGAGGAAGAGAUGAAUGCUCAACUCAAGGAACACAUCAAAAGAAAUUUCCCGCAGUGGAUGUACUCAUUCCGCAAUCCUGUGUUCAAGGCGCAUGCGACGGAGGCUGCCAGGAUGAACAAUCCACCAAAUGCAAUACCUCCACAGAUUUGGCGGGAAAUGGUUCGCAAAUGGUCAGACCCUAGCUGGGUGGAUACAAGUGACAAGAACAAGGAGAACCGUGAGAAGUGUGAGCUGAAGUCAACUUGUGGUUCUGCUCCCUUGGCAAAGUACAGAUUGGAAGAGAUCAAGAAGACGGGCAGAGAACCUGAUCCUAUUGAGACUUUCAGGAAGUUUCAUUUAACAAAGGAUAAUUUCACCACUCCCAAGGCUCAGGCUCUACAUGCUGGAAUGGAGGCAAAGGAGACAUAGAAGUUGAGCAAAGGGGAGGAUGUGAACAAGUUUGCUAUUUAUGGAGAGGUGGUAGGCCAGCAGCGAAGGAAGCGAGUGCUUGGGAUGGGUUGUGGGGUCAGUGGCCUGUAUGUGUUUGGCUAUACUUCAAGUCAAGGCUGCAUCAAAAAAUGCAAAGAUGAUCAAAGGAUAAAGAAGGAGAAGACCGAUGAGAAGAUGAGAAUGAUGGAAGAAC